AUGGCGGAUCAACGGCUCACCAAUGACGAAAGGGCUCUGCACGACCAAAUCAACAUUCUUCCACGCCGUCAAUUGUUUAUCGCCCUCAGCACACUUUGUGCCUCACUCCUUCUCGCCAUAAUUGAUCAGAAUGGUAUAUCAGUUGCUCUUCCCACUAUCGCCCAUGACCUCAACGCUGAGAGCACCAUCUCGUGGGCCGGUACAGCCAGUCUAGUCGCCAACACAUGUUUCCAGAUGCUCUAUGGCAGGUUAUCGGAUGUGUUUGGUCGCAAGGUCGUGUUUAUCUCUGCGGCUCUACUCCUCGGCCUCGCGGAUUUGCUAUGCUCGCUCAGCCGUAAUGCAAUCAUGUUUUACGUCUUCAGGGCCGUUGCAGGUAUUGGGGGUGGCGGUGUGUUGAAUCUUAGUAAUAUUAUCAUCUCAGAUGUUGUCACUCUCGAGCAGAGAGGCAAGAUUCAAGGUGUUAUCGGGGCUACGAUUGGGCUUGGCAAUGUCGUUGGUCCGUUUAUUGCGGCAGGGAUGAUAAGCCAAACAUCGUGGAGAGGGUUCUUCUGGCUCCUAUCACCGUUGUCGCUCUGCACAGCGGCACUCUCUUAUUUCUUUCUUCCAUCUAAGCCUGCUACUAUUGGGUUUUGGGAGGGGGUUGGCAAGAUUGAUUGGACGGGCGCGGUGAUGUCAGGUGCUGGGAUCGUUCUUCUUCUAAUUCCUAUUUCUGGCGGAGGUUCUUACUUUUCCUGGGACUCCCCUCUCUCGAUCAGUAUGCUCAGUGUUGGCGGCGCAUUAUUCAUAGCCUUUAUCGUAUGGGAAUGGAAAUGGGCAAAGCUUCCUAUGAUGCCAGUGAACAUCUAUAAAAACACAACCCUCUCCAUUAUGUUAGCUCAAAACUUCCUGUUUGGUGCUGUCUACCAGUCUUAUCUCUAUUACGUUCCUCUCUACCUCCAGAACCCACACCGUUACAGCGCGACUAUAUCUGCGGCACUCUACACCCCUCUGGUGUGUGCUCAGAUGCUCGCUUCUAUCGUCUCAGGACAGUACAUCAGUCGUUUUUUGAGAUACGGCGAAGUUCUCAAAACUGGCUUUGCGUUAUGGACUCUAGGAGCGGGCCUUGCCCUAAUCUUUAAUCGCCAUACUAGCCCAGCUGUCAUCGCAGUCAUUUUAACUGUCGUGGGAUCAGGAGCUGGAUGUGUCUUCCAACCCACCCUGAUUGCUCUUCAAGCACACUCGCCAAAGAGCCGUCGCGCUGUCAUCAUCUCUAACCGAAACUUCUAUCGCUGUAUGGGCGGUGCAUGUGGCCUUACCUUCUCAGCUGCAGUACUCCAGGCUCGUCUAAGUGCAACACUGCCAGCCGAGUAUAAAGAUCUUGCCAGCUCAACCUACGUUCUACCAGACUCGAUGCGUGAGGUACCUGGUGUUCUAGAUGCCUACAUGUCUGCGAGUCAUAGUGUGUUCAUACUGCAAGUACCUCUGAUUGGAGCGUGUCUGCUCGCUACUGUCUUUAUCAAGGAUCGUGGUCUAGAUCCGGUCAAAGAUAGUUGA